UUUAUGUUAAUAUUUUGUUAGAGUGAAGACACCACGUGAACCUCAAAACAUUUCACAUUCUAUGGCUGACCCUAUCCGAUGGGCCAGAUAUCACUGGCAGCGUCUGGUAUCUGCAGAAGGCCGGGAUGGGAGCAACAGUAGCAGCAACUCAAGUGACAAGUGCUAUCAGUCAACUAAAACCACUGGCAAACAUAGGAUAGUUAUUCCCUGUUUGGGACACUUUAAAGAAGAGUAUGAAAAGGUAUCAAAAUUGUACAUGAAUAACAGAAUACGGACUACAAAGUACACUUUAUUAAACUUCAUACCACGGAACUUGUUUGAACAGUUUCACAGAGCUGCCAAUUUGUAUUUCCUGUUUUUAGUUGUCCUAAACUGGGUCCCACUGGUGGAAGCCUUCCAGAAAGAAAUUACAAUGCUACCUCUAGUUGUGGUUCUCACAAUUAUUGCUGUAAAGGAUGGCAUUGAGGAUUACUCAAAAUACAAGUUAGAUAAACAGAUAAACAAUUUAUUAACAAAAGUAUACAGUAGGAAAGAAAAGAAAUACAUAGAUCAGUGCUGGAAAGAUGUUAAUGUUGGGGACUUCAUUCGACUUUCAUGUAAUGAAAUAAUUCCUGCUGAUAUGGUGCUGUUAUAUUCUACUGAUCCAGACGGGAUCUGUCACAUCGAAACAGCAGGACUUGAUGGAGAGACCAAUCUAAAGCAGAGGCAGGUGGUGAGAGGAUUUGCAGAGCAGGUCUCUGAAAUUGAUCCAGAAAAAUUUUCAAGUAGAAUAGAGUGCGAAAGUCCCAGCAAUGACCUCAGUAGAUUCCGAGGCUUUGUUGAACAUUCAAACAAGGAGAGAGUGGGCCUCAGUAAAGAAAACUUGAUAAUGCGAGGAUGCACAAUCAGAAACACAGAAGCUGUUGUGGGCAUUGUGGUGUAUGCAGGUCAUGAAACCAAAGCAAUGCUAAACAACAGUGGCCCUCGUUACAAACGCAGUAAAUUGGAAAGGAGGCUGAAUACUGAUAUCCUUUGGUGUGUUCUUCUUCUAAUUUUGAUGUGUUUAAUUGGUGCUUUGGGUCAUGGACUUUGGUUAAGUCGCUAUUCAGAGAUGCCUUUUUUUAACAUUCCUGAGCCAGAUGGAAAAUCAACUCCACCAGCAUUGGCAGGAUUCUAUAUGUUUUGGACAAUGAUCAUCUUAUUACAGGUUUUGAUCCCUAUUUCUUUAUAUGUUUCCAUUGAAAUUGUCAAAUUGGGGCAGAUCUAUUUAAUUCAGAAUGAUACUGAUUUUUACCAUGAGAAAAUGGAUUCCACUAUUCAGUGUCGAGCACUGAAUAUUGCUGAAGACCUUGGGCAAAUCCAGUACAUCUUCUCUGACAAGACUGGAACCCUCACUGAAAACAAAAUGGUUUUCCGAAGAUGCAGCAUUGCAGGACAUGAAUACUGCCAUGAGGAAAACACCAAGAGGCUGGAAUCCUAUCAAGAGGCUGAUUUAGAAGGUGAGGAUUUAGCAGAUGCUCUGUGUAGCUCCUUGAGCCUCAUGCCAAAACAGAAGGAGCACAGCUGCAGGACAGCGAAUGAGCCUUUGAACAGCAAGUCUUUGAAUCAGGCAGCUGCUGGCUGUUCUGCCUCAGGAGGGGAAGAUGGAGCCAGUGACAUUCCACGCUCAAGACAUGUAGCUUUCAGCAGCCCUAUUGAGACUGAUGUGGUACCGGACACACAGCUCUUGGAGAAAUUCAAUCACAUUUCCUUUCAUUCCUUUGAACAAUCAGAAGAAAUUGAUAGAGAGCAGUCUUUGGAGACAAUGUAUAUCACUGACUUCUUUCUGGCUCUGGCAAUCUGUAAUACUGUAGUAGUUUCAUCCCCUAACCAACCACGUCAAAAGAUGAGACUUGCUCCCUUAGGUAGAAUUCCUAUUAAAUCCCUUGAGGAAAUAAAACAGAUGUUCCAGAGAUUAUCCGUCCGAAGACUAAGCUCAUCACCACUUCCAAGUGCAAAAGAAUCCUCCUUCCCCGAGAGCUCUAAUACUUUUGUGGGCAAACUUUCUAUUUUCAGAGUGAAGCUGGCUUCACCUGCUGCUGAGGGGGUUACCCAAAUGGCUAACGUACCCCAGACUGCUGAUAGGCAGCAAAGCCCCAAAGUACCUCCCCCUGGAGAACAAGAUUCAGUAGAUGUAGCUGCAGGCAGCAAAACCUGUGAUCCUGAACCAUAUCUUGAACAAUGUCCUAUAACUAUGCUCCGCUACGAGGCUGAAAGCCCAGAUGAAGCUGCAAUGGUUUAUGCUGCCAGAGCUUACAAAUGCACUUUACAGACAAGGACUCCUGAUCAAGUUACUGUGGAUCUGGGUGCUUUAGGCUCUUUAACAUUUCAACUUUUGCACAUUCUGCCUUUUGAUUCAGUGCGAAAAAGAAUGUCUGUAGUUGUUAGACAUCCUCUCUCCAACAAAGUGGUGAUAUACACAAAAGGAGCAGACUCAGUCAUCAUGGACUUGUGCAGCAUCCCAACAGAUGUUCAUAGUUCUAAAAUAAAACAAAAGAAAAUUAAGGCAAGAACUCAGAAACAUUUAGAUGAUUAUGCCAGAAGAGGACUGCGCACGUUGUGUAUAGCUAAGAGGGUGAUGAGUGAUGAAGAGUAUGCAGAAUGGUUAAAUAGCCAUUUUUUAGCAGAAACCAGUAUUGACAACAGGGAAGAGCUUCUGCUUGAAUCUGCCACAAGGUUGGAGACCAAAUUAACACUCCUUGGUGCCACGGGUAUUGAAGAUCGCCUGCAGGAGGGUGUUCCUGACACUAUAGAAGCGUUACGAAAAGCAGGAAUAAAAAUCUGGAUGCUGACAGGGGAUAAAAAAGAGACAGCUGUCAAUAUAGCAUAUGCUUGCAGAUUAUUGGAACCAGAUGACAAAGUCUUCACCCUCAAAUCACAAAAUAGAGAUGCCUGCACAUUGUUGAUGAACAGUAUUUUAGAAGCUAUUCAAAAAAGCAUUGAUGCCAAAAACAAUCACUGUCCCAAACUUGCAAGUGCAUCUUCAGGAACCUCCACUCCAACUGCAGAGUUCAGUGCUGGCCUAGUAAUUGACGGAAAGACUUUGGAAUACACACUGCAUGAGAGUCUGCAGAAUAUUUUCCUGGAGCUCACAGGAAAGUGUCGAGCUGUUGUCUGUUGUCGAGUGACACCCCUACAAAAAAGUGAAGUGGUCAGACUCGUGCGAAACAAUCUGAAAGUGAUGACAUUAGCUGUUGGUGAUGGUGCCAAUGAUGUCAGUAUGAUCCAAACGGCUGAUACUGGAGUAGGAGUCUCUGGCCAAGAAGGCAUGCAGGCUGUAAUGGCAAGCGAUUUUGCAAUUUCCCAAUUCAAGCACCUCAGGAAGCUGUUGCUUGUCCACGGUCACUGGUGCUACACCAGGCUGGCCAACAUGAUCCUUUACUUUUUCUACAAGAAUGUGGCCUACGUGAACCUACUGUUCUGGUACCAAUUCUUCUGUGGGUUUUCCGGAACAUCAAUGACUGACUAUUGGAUUUUAAUUUUCUUCAACCUCCUCUUCACUUCUGUGCCACCCAUCAUUUAUGGCAUUCUGGAUAAAGAUGUCUCUGCAGAGCUCCUCAUGCAGCUGCCACAGCUUUAUCUGACUGGUCAAAACUCUAUGGCCUACUCACCUUUAACUUUCUGGAUCACCUUGCUGGAUGCCUUUUACCAGAGUAUGGUUUGCUUUUUUGUGCCUUACUUUGCUUAUUGUGGUUCAGACAUAGACAUCUUUUCUUUUGGAAACCCUCUAAAUUUAGCAGCUCUCUUCAUAAUAUUGCUUCACCUCCUAAUUGAAAGUAAGACUUUGACUUGGAUACAUGUGACUGUUAUAGUUGGUAGCAUCUUAUUUUACUUUAUCUUUGCACUGACUUUUGGAGCAGCCUGCAAAACCUGCAAUCCACCAUCAAAUCCCUAUUGGAUCAUGCAGAAACACAUGACAGACCCAGUGUUUUAUCUUAUCUGCGUCCUUGCUACUUGUAUUGCUCUGAUGCCCAGGUAUUUGUUCAGAGUUCUCCAAGGGACGUUGUUUCCUUCUCCGGUACUGAGAGCCAAGCACCUUGACAGACUGACACCUGAGGAGCAGAGGGAAGCAAUUAAACAAUGGAAAGAUGACUGCUUUGUGGCUCAUAGAGUUGAUUUCCAGGGGACUUCUUUGCGUUCCAGCUCUGUGGAAGAUGCUGCAUCAGAGAAAAGGCAACACCAACAUGUCAGACAUGUUGCCAAUGCCUAAGACACCUUUUUCAGACCAGUCCAAGAGACAGUUUACAAAGGAGGCUUGUUUCCUAUCAGGUAUUCAGGAUAAGCCUGGGGACAGCUUGAAUUGCAAGCAAGCUGCACUUUUGAACUACUAAAAGGAAACCUAUUCAGAAGCAUUCAGAGCUAAUAAUGCCUGUGCCGGAGCUCUGGAGUUUAGUUUGGAAGAUAGCAACACUGAAAUUCCUCUAACCAAAGCAGGUGCGACUUCUGCUUUGUGUGAACAGGAUGUUGGAACAGAUCCUGCAAAGCCAGACUGUUAACAAUUUAAGAAUCCAAGAAUAAUAACAGUUGUGUUUUGCACU